AGGCGCGCGCAGCCGCUGCGUUCGUCAGUCGAGCCAGGGUCGCUAGAGGGGUCGGACCGCAAUCUAGUCAUUAAAAAAAAUAAUAAUUAUUAUUUCUUUUACAUAUAAUUUUGUAAUCAAAAGGUCAUCAUGAAAGUGUUCAUCGUUUUAACGGCAGUCACCGCUCUGGCGAGUGCGCAAUUCAAAUGCCCCGGUAAAGAUGGCCAAUACGAAGACGAUAGACAGUGCGACAAGUUCUACGAGUGCGUGGACGGCGUCGCCACCACCAAGCUGUGCCCCGACGGGCUCGUGUUCGACCCUACCAUCAGGAAGAUCAACAAGUGCGACCAGCCCUUCAACGUAGACUGCGGUGACAGGACUGAACUUCAACCCCCCAAGCCCAACGCGCAGUGCCCCCGCCGUAACGGUUUCUUCGCUCACCCCGACGCCUCCGUUUGCAACAUCUUCUUCAACUGCAUUGAGGGAGAAGCCACCGAAGUCAAGUGUACCGCUGGACUCCACUUCGACGAGUACUCCGGUACCUGCGUCUGGCCUGAGGCUGCUGGCAGACAAGGCUGCAACAACCAAGAGAAAAAAACCAAGGAUGGCUUUGAGUGCCCCAAGGAGCAGCAAGUAGAUGCCCAAGGCCUGCCAGUUGCCCACCCCAAGUUCCCCCACCCCAACGACUGCCAGAGGUUCUACGUGUGCCUGAACGGUAUUGAGCCCCGUGACCUCGGCUGCCAAGUCGGAGAGGUUUACAACGAAGAGAGCCAGAAGUGUGACGCGCCCGAGAACGUGCGCGGAUGCGAGGACUGGUACAAGGACUCAGAGGAGGCCGCGCCAGGACCCAAGGCGAGGUCCUAAGCCUCUUUAGUGAUACUGAUACUCUAACUACCUAUUAAGACUAAUUAAGUUAAAUAAAAUUUAAGUUAAUUAA